GCUACUAACAGUAUAUGUCACAUAAAAAUAAUUUCCAACAUGAGAGUUUACAUUGGGGUUCUGCUUGUGGCGACACUUCUGAGUUCUGGCUAUUGCCAGUUUACCGGUAUGAUGGAAAAUCCUGCAUUGAUGAUGGCAAUGAUGAAAGGUAUGGGAGGAGGUGGAAAGAUGCCAAUGGGAGGAAUGGACAUGAGUGCGGCUCCUAUUAUGGACCCAAAAAUGUUUCAAAUGGCUAAACUAGCUGCAAUGAUGGGACCUAACACCAUGGCUGGAAAAGGAAAAGGAAAAGCAGCAAAACCAACUUUGAAAAUGACAAAACCAGCAGCACAACCACAAUCAUCAGGCAUUGACCCAAUGAUGAUAAUGUUAUUAUCAAAGCAGGCUGGGGGGAUGGAUCCACUUACCAUGAGCUUAUUAAUGUCAUCGUCAUCACCAAAACCAGCAGCUGCAGAAACUGCUUCCUCAGGAAUCGAUCCUGCAACAAUGUACAUGCUUAUGCAGAGUGGUAUGUUUGGUUAAAGAAGAAAAGAAAGAUAACUGAUUUUCUUACAACGUUACGAUGAAGUAAUCAGUAUUGUGACAUGACUAUGACAACGUGCACACCGUUUGCUGUUCAUUAUGCUACUGUUAUUUUACAAUGUUUUUAAAUCCAAAAUGAAAGUUUUAUUUGUGAUAAAUAUUCAUUUUAUAUUAAAUAUAAAAAUAUCA